GAAGUUUCAUAGCAACAAAAUGGCGUCCUCAAUGUAAAAUGUUUAAAUUUUUUGUUUGUCUUUGAAAAGGUCAAUAUUCAUAAUGGUUAUACUGCACGUGAAAAAAGGAGAUGAAAGCCAAUUUCUUUACGAAACAACCUGUCAAUCUAAAUUGUCUGAUUUGAUACCACAACUCAUUGAAAUCUACAAUGGUCGUUUAAAAAUUGAACGUCUUAACUAUGAGUUAGAAGAAUUGUCAAAACACGGCAUAAGUUUGCCAGGAAACAUGCAAGGACUAACAGAAGAUCAGAUUAGUGAUUUAAAACUACACGAUAGUUGGGCAGACAAAUGUUACCCAACUGGUGGUGUUAAAGAAAGUAAAGAUCCAAUGGGAAAGAGAAAUGGUCAAGCACCUUUAGAGAAAAUGGCAGAAUUAAUUAACAGAACAAGAAGUGAAGCAAUGGCUGAUAUAUCAAAGAACAAUGUGAUGGCAAAGACAUGUUUAACACAGGAAACAAUAAAGAAUGCUUUAGAUAAACUUCGUGGUGCUGUUAUGAUUGUAUAUCCGAUGGGACUUCCACCUUAUGAUCCAAUAAAACAGGAGUUUGAGAACAAUGAAGAUCUCUCCGGGACACAGGCAUCACUCCAGGUUUUGGAUAAAGAUACAGGUCAGUUGUGGUGGGCGGGAAAAGAACUUCAGCGAUCAAAUAAACUCGAGGAUUACAUUGGAAAGAAUGAAAAGACAAAGAUUGUAGCGAAACUUCAGAAGAAAGGUCAAGGUGUUCCGAGUAGGGAGCCAGUUUUCACAGAAGAAGAUAAAAAACAAAUGAUGUCUUAUGCAUAUAAAAAACAAGAGGAGAUGAAGAAACUGGAAGCAGAUGAUGAUGUAUCAUACAUGAAUUCAUCAUGGGCCGACCCUCAUUCACUCAAAAGACAAUUUCAAGGAGUUCGAGAUGUAAAAUGGCGACCUUGACAUCUUCAAAAUCAACCGUAGGAACAUUUUUACACAGCAGCAGAUUUUCGCGCCAACGUCAUAGGUUCACAUCGCUUAUAUAUGGAGUCAAAUAUUUAGUUAAUUAUUUUCAAGAACAUUUUGAUAAACUGGUUUAUUGCAUGAGUAUACAGGCCCAACUGAUCUCGUAAUAUAAACGCAACUGGGUUAUCUUUAUUGAUGUUUUAUAUUAAUUUUUCUGUUGUAGAAUUCUUGUGUAGCAAAUUUUCAACUUUUGUAAUGCUGUUUAUUUGCACAAGAGAUUUAUUACAAAAGCUUUUUGAAAUCAUAUA